AGGAAAGCGACAUUCCGCAACCGAGAAAGCAGGAGAUUAAUACACAGCCCUAGUCAUGAUCAGAUGGCGCUGACUAGUCCAGAUGGAGAACUUGCACACGGUGAAUCUUUCCCCGAAGCGCAGUUCUAUGCGCGGAUGGGGGACUCAUCAUUGCCAAAAUAGGAAAGAGGGAAGAGGACUGGCACGCUGUGUUGACCUUCAUCAAAUGAGUUGCCCAUGAAGAAAACAAAAUAUGCCAUGAAGCGACACGGCAGUUGUCCGAACAGGUGCAGUCACACAGUCCGAUAAACUAUUUAAGAGCAUCAUUGUAUCUCCUACGACAUCUGGGGUCUCCAAGCCCAUUGAACGCCUAUUCUCUACCACCCAAAGAAAUAGAACGAAAUCAUAUCAUGGCCUUCUUCCUGUCUAUCUUCCUUGGCUCGCUGGCCGCUGCGUCACCGCUAGGUGCGCUUGUUGUCAAGCAAUCUCUUCCGGGAGUUCCCGACGGAUGGCAUCGUCAAGCUUCUGCUCCAGCUGACCACGGGCUGGACCUCCAUAUUCGUCUUCGCGAGGAGAACCUUGACGUCUUGCAGCAGCGCCUCCUAGAAAUCAGCGACCCCAAACACGCCAACUAUGGCAAGCACUUGUCCAAAGGAGACGUCGAUGCUCUGACGGCUCCCAAGAAGGACAACGUCGAUUCCGUCACCAGCUGGCUCAAAGCAAACGGCCUCGAUGUUGGCGAGGCCAAGAGCGGAUAUCUACAGGUCACCGUCAGUGUAGAUCAGGCUAAGAAGCUGCUCAAUGCAGACUAUGCCGUCUACAAGCAUGCAGCAACUGGUCGCGAGGUGGUUCGUACCACGAGCUACAGUUUGCCCCAGAACUUGCAUGAUGCCAUCACCAUGGUGCAGCCCUCAACCCUCUUUUCUACUAUGGGUAGGAGCACCAAGGAUUUCCUUGGCAUCGAAAGAUACGUAAAGGAAAAUUCUGCUGGCGGCAGCUUCGUCGGUCCUGCAUCUUGCGCUGACGGCGCUGAUACGCAGUGCCUUCGGGACAACUACAACAUCAAGGGGUACACGGCGGCAUCCAACGCAACUAUGCUAGGUAUUGCCGGUUUCUUGGAGGAAGUGCCCAACCCUGCCGACCUCUCUCGGUAUUUGACAAAGUUCGACCCUAACUUGCCAUCCAACAUCACGGUGCCGCUUGUCAGAAUCAACAACGGAUCAACCAGCCCCGGAGGUAUGGGUGAGGCCGAUCUGGACGUCCAGAUUGCUGUUCCAAUCACCUAUCCUAUCAAGACUACGUUCUACUCCACUGGUGGCCGCCCUCCCAUUAUUCAUGACGGAAUUAACGACAACGAGCCAUACCUGGAAGCGUUGACGUACCUCAACGGUCUCGAGCACCCGCCGCAGACCUGGUCCAUCUCGUACGGUGACAACGAGACCAGCAUUCCCAGCGAGUAUAUGGACGCAGUGUGCUCUCAAUUCUUGAAGCUUGGUGCCCGAGGCGUCAGCGUCUUGGUUUCGGCGGGUGACGAUGGAGCUGGAACUGUCAACGGCUGCACGGGCUCUAAGGUCUACAGCUUUGACCCUGCGUUUCCAGCCUCCUGCCCUUGGGUCACCGUCGUCGGUGGCACCGCGUACUUUGGCGCUGCGGAGCAAGCUCACCCUUUGGGUGGCAGUGGAUUCUCCAACCACUUUACUGCUCCGGCCUACCAAGAGGACGCUGUAAACGACUACAUUGAUAGUUUGAAUGGUCAGUGGGAAGGCAUCUACAAGCCAAACGGCCGUGCUUACCCUGACGUAGCUGCCCUGUUCGAGCCGUAUCCUAUUUUUUACAAAGGCAACCCCGAUUCAAGCGGUGGCACCAGCGCGUCUGCGCCCACCGUCGCAUCCGUAGUUGCGUUGCUCAACGAUUACCUCGUCUCGAACGGCAGGGCUCCCCUUGGAUUCCUUAACCCAUGGUUGUACUCAAUCGGCAAAGAUGGCUUCACCGAUAUCAAGACGGGCUCAAGCAACGUUUGCGUUCGUCGUCAUGUCAGGCCUACUCGCUACGGACAACCAGCUUUCCCUGCUACCGAAGGCUGGGAUGCGGCGACUGGCUGGGGUGUUCCCAACUUUGGAAAGCUUUUGGAGUUAGUUAACGAGACACAUUGAUAAGAAUAGGCCCGUCUAUGGAGUGGAAUAAUGAUCUAGGAAAGGUGCAUAUUAUUUCUAAGCAAAACU